AGGGCAUCGAGCAUGUCGUGGCCUUGCUGGGAACCCACGCGGACACGCUCCGGUUGAAGGAUGCCAUCAAGGAAGUGCGGUUGAGUGAUGUGCUGCGAGAGCUUACACAGGCCUAUGCGGUGGCCCCGGCCAAGCCACGUCAUCGAUGGGAACUGCUUCGCAUACUCUGCAAGCCACAGAAAGCCGGACCCAGGUAUUUGCUCAACUGCCGGCUUGCCUUGGUCAAAGCCAAGCGCGAGCGCUACAAGCUCAUCACGCGGCGUGCUGGGAUGAGAUGCCAAGCUCUCCUCAGCGAAUAUGAAGAUGACAAGGAGUUCUGUGCAAAGAUCCGGAACGAGAUUGUGAAGGUGUUGCAUCAGACUCUGGUCUUUGCAGCUUCUGAAUUGGACAUGGAGGUAGUACAGAACACGCUGCGAGCUGCCUUGUCGCUUCAAUGUGAGGUAGGGCCCAUGCUCUCACAUGCAGGCCACAUGGUCGUCGCGCUUUGUGCCAGUGCAGCCAACUGCAAGCUGCAGCCGAUCAGCCGGCUGGCUGAGGUCCUGGAGGGAGCUGAGAGCGUGGCCAAAGCAGCACAGAAGCCACUGGAAACCUUCUGUGACCUGACGCCAUUUGUGGAGUCAUUCUCGCAGAAGUGCAUGCAGGAAAUCAGACAGGCCAAUGAGGGCGGCAGUGAGCCAGUGCCCAGCUUGGUCAAGAAGGUGGUGGAUGUGAGGAUGAAGUUUCGGCAGCCAGACCUCCUUGCAAGAUUUGACGAUGCCCUCUGGAAAGCCUUCCAGCCAUGGU